AUGCGUGAGAUCGUUCACCUCCAAACCGGCCAGUGUGGUAACCAAAUUGGUGCUGCUUUCUGGCAGACCAUCUCUGGCGAGCACGGCCUUGACGGCUCCGGUGUUUACAAUGGCACCUCCGACCUCCAGCUGGAGCGCAUGAACGUCUACUUCAACGAGGCUAGCGGUAACAAGUAUGUCCCCCGUGCCGUCCUCGUCGAUCUCGAGCCCGGUACCAUGGACGCCGUCCGUGCCGGUCCCUUCGGCCAGCUCUUCCGCCCCGACAACUUCGUCUUCGGCCAGUCCGGUGCUGGUAACAACUGGGCCAAGGGUCACUACACUGAGGGUGCCGAGUUGGUCGACCAGGUUGUCGACGUUGUCCGCCGUGAGGCCGAGGCUUGCGACUGCCUCCAGGGUUUCCAGAUCACCCACUCCCUCGGUGGUGGUACCGGUGCCGGUAUGGGUACCCUCCUGAUCUCCAAGAUCCGUGAGGAGUUCCCCGACCGUAUGAUGGCCACCUUCUCCGUUGUCCCCUCCCCCAAGGUCUCCGACACCGUUGUUGAGCCUUACAACGCCACUCUCUCCGUCCACCAGCUCGUUGAGCACUCCGACGAGACCUUCUGUAUCGACAACGAGGCUCUGUACGACAUCUGCAUGCGCACCCUCAAGCUCUCCAACCCCUCUUACGGUGACCUGAACCACCUGGUCUCUGCCGUCAUGUCCGGUGUGACCACUUGCCUCCGUUUCCCUGGUCAGCUCAACUCCGACCUCCGCAAGCUGGCUGUCAACAUGGUUCCCUUCCCUCGUCUCCACUUCUUCAUGGUCGGCUUCGCUCCUCUGACCAGCCGCGGCGCCUACUCCUUCCGUGCCGUCACCGUUCCCGAGUUGACCCAGCAGAUGUUCGACCCCAAGAACAUGAUGGCUGCCUCUGACUUCCGCAACGGCCGCUACCUCACCUGCUCCGCCAUCUUCCGUGGACGUGUCUCCAUGAAGGAGGUUGAGGACCAGAUGCGCAACAUCCAGAGCAAGAACCAGACCUACUUCGUCGAGUGGAUCCCCAACAACAUCCAGACCGCCCUCUGCUCCAUUCCUCCCCGUGGUCUCAAGAUGUCCUCUACCUUCAUCGGUAACUCCACCUCCAUCCAGGAGCUCUUCAAGCGUGUCGGUGAUCAGUUCACUGCUAUGUUCCGUCGCAAGGCUUUCUUGCACUGGUACACUGGUGAGGGUAUGGACGAGAUGGAGUUCACUGAGGCUGAGAGCAACAUGAACGACCUGGUCUCCGAGUACCAGCAGUACCAGGACGCCUCGAUCUCCGAGGGUGAGGAGGAAUACGUCGAGGAGGAGCCCCUUGAGGCCGAGGAGUAA